CUGACUGGACCCUGCUUAGAGAUGCUCCCCUUAGGGGCGACCAGGGUCCUGCUAGAGGUGAUUCAUUCGGCCAGCCGGCCUCAAGAUCGGACUUAAUGAUGGUGCUUCAGAAUGUCGAGUUCAUCUACAUCAAGUCAAAGUUUGAUGAAUACUUAGAUGAGAUCAGGGUGAGCCAGGUCUUCCUUGAUGUUGGUGUGGACCCAAGCAGCGGCAGUCGGGGAGACAGAGCAUCCCUCGUGGAGAUGUGUACCUGUCCAGAGGGUUACACCGGCCUCUCCUGUGAUAAAUGUGCUCGGGGAUAUCGCCGGCAGUCCGUUGGUCGAUUCUUGGGACGAUGUAUCCCCUGUGAUUGCAACAAGCACACGGACGAUUGUGAUGCUGAUACAGGCAUCUGUGUGUCCUGCCAGCAUAAUACAGAGGGUGACAAAUGCGAGAAGUGCAAAGCUGGUUACUAUGGCAACGCCAGUGGUGGCACAUCAACAGACUGUCUCCCCUGCCCAUGUCCUCUAACUGAUACAAGAAACCAAUUCAGCAAAGAUUGCUACGUUGACCCGCUGGACACCCAGAUCACAUGCCGAGGAUGCCCACGUGAGUACACAGGCCGCCGAUGUGAACAGUGUGCGCCUGGAUACAUCGGUAACCCCAAGACCCCCGGCGACUACUGCCGACCCAGCCAACAGUCAUGUGACCCGAGAGGAAGCCUGUCUUCAACUCCUGACACUAACGACCAGUGUCCAUGCAAGAGAAACGCCCAAGGUAAAUCGUGCGGUCAGUGUGGGGCUGGUGCCUUCUACCUUUCAACCGAAAACCCAGACGGUUGUCUGAAGUGUUUCUGUAAUGGUGUCACGGACAUGUGCGCCAGUUCCGGAUGGUACAGGACGGAAGUCCGUUCGAGCUUUGACCCUGCAAGAUUUGAUGGGUUCGUCUUGUCAAACGCAGCCCGCACACGUACGGUUGACUCGGAAUUCGACGUAGAUAGCCGUCGCAACCAGUUAAUGUAUCGACGCUUCAGCGCUUUGACGCCCUACACAUAUUACUGGAUCCUCCCAGAGAAAUUCCUUGGGGACAAGGUUGGAGGGUACGGCGGGAAGAUUCUAUUCACAGUCAACUACCAAGCGGGCAGCGACCCAAGACCGAAUAACGAUGCGGAUAUUGAGAUCAAGGGGAAUGGCAUUGUAUUGAUGUACACAGCCCGCCAACCUCUUCAGGCCGCGAUCCCACAAGCUGUGCAGGUGCCACUGACUGAGUCCUACUGGAUGAAGGAAGAUGGGAGUCAAGUAUCUCGUGAGGAGUUCCUGAUGGUCUUGGCUGAUAUUGAUACCCUAAUGAUCAAGGCAACCUACGCAAGGACCACGGCACAGUCUAGUAUUUCUGAUGUCAUAUUCGAGACUGCUGAGAAUAGGAACUCUGGGGGUGAUCGCGCCUUGACUGUUGAGCAGUGCCAGUGUCCACCUGGGUACCAGGGUCUCUCCUGCCAUGACUGCCGUAGUGGCUACCGACGGGAAAAGGUCGGCCGGUACCUUGGACGGUGUGUGCCGUGUGAUUGUAACAGGCAUGCUGCUAACUGUGAUACUGAGACAGGGAAAUGUGAGAGUUGCCAACACAACACUAUCGGGGAUCGCUGUGAGAGGUGUGCUAGUGGUUUUUAUGGCGACGCACGGCGUGGAACGUCCAACGAUUGUCAGGCCUGUCCAUGCCCUCUGACUUCCCGUGAAAACCAGUUCAGUAAGGAGUGCUUCCUUGCUAGCGAUCGCCAGGUGACCUGCCGCAACUGUCCCCAGGGCUAUCGCGGCCGAAACUGUGAGAGCUGUGCCCCAGGCUACAAGGGUGACCCACGUCGGCCGGGCGACACCUGUAAACGGGAGGGCGAAGGUCAAGAAGGAGGUGAUGGAGGGACGACGAAAGCUCCGGGCAAAUGUGAACGGUGUGAUGAGCGGGGAGUUGUGCCGGGCUCGACAUGUGACCCGGCCACGCAGACAUGUGGCUGUAAGGAUAACGUUGGGGGCUCCGAGUGUGAUACGUGUAAAGCGGGGCAUUUCCACCUGACAAAGGAGAAUCCGCGUGGCUGUCUGCAGUGUUGGUGCUCCGGCCAGUCUACAAAGUGUCGCAGCUGCCAGCAGUAUCGAUCACAGGUGCGGCCCUUCUUCAGCCAAGAUGGCACGAGCAACUUUGCCCUCGUCUACAAGAAUGAUCCACGGACGACCGUCGUGUUGGACGGUUUUAGCCUGAACGGACGAAACAAAGAAGUGCGCUACGAUGGUUUUAAUCAGAUCCGAGGGUCGAAUCGUCUUUACUGGAGGCUGCCGCCAAGGUUCUCUGGAGACAAGGUUUCAUCUUAUGGGGGUAACCUGAAGUUCACCGUUGAGUACGAGAAUGAUCCAAGACUUGGUGGGGACUUUUUCAGCGAUACAGAUUUGGAAAUUAUUAGCGGCAACAACCGUUUCCAUCAUGUUUUCGACCCUCCGUCCAGCCGCUCCAGGCAGACUGAAUACAGCAUCGUAUUGAAUGAACGCACUUUCAAGAAAGCUGACGGCACUGUCCCAACUCGUCUCGAAUUCCUCCAACUCCUCGCCAACAUCGACUACAUCCUCAUCCGUGCUGCGAAUCAUCGCGACAUGCGCUCGACCGCCAUUAAGGAAUUAUCAAUGGACAUCACCGUUGCACAGAAUACUGGCCAGCAUCCGGCUCUCAUGGUAGAGGAGUGUACGUGUCCCGAGGGUUAUCGGGGCCUGUCGUGUGAGCUCUGCGAACAGGGGUACCAGCGUGUGGAGGACCCGAGGUACCCUCUGGGUCGCUGCGUGAGGUGUAGCUGUAAUAGCCAUUCAGCCAGGUGUGACGAUAGUGGAAAGUGUGUGAAUUGUCUUCAUAAUACGGCCGGGGAUUACUGCGAGAGAUGUGCGGAUGGUUUCUAUGGCGAUCCACGACGCGGCACACCCAAUGACUGCCAGCCUUGUCCAUGCCCACUGCCUGUUGCUUCAAAUCAAUUUGCACCAACCUGUCGCCGAGAUACUGAUGGAGGUGUGACGUGUUUGCGAUGUGAGCAAGGCUACGUCGGCCGGAACUGUGAGCGAUGCGACACUGGUUAUACCGGCAACCCGAUGGUCCCUGGUGGAUCAUGCCAAAAAGUUGCUAUAUCAAGAGAACCUGUCGUUACUGUCUACCCCAACCGCGUUACAAAGAUGACAGGAGACGUUGUACGCUUCACCUGUAACGUACAAGGUCCGCAGCCAAUGCGGGUCACAUGGGCUCGUACAAACGGGCGUCCAUUACCUCGGCGGGCAAGCGUCACGGCAGACAACUCCUUAUCGAUAAACGGGUUGAUUUCCUCCGAUGGCGGAGGGUACACGUGUACGGCCGUCAACACGUACGGACGGACAGAGGGGACGGUGUUGCUUAAAGUGAUGGUGAUACAAGACAUCACGGUUCGCGUCGAAGAACCAAAGUUUUUGACGGUAGAUGCUGGUACUACUGUGCGGUUCGUCUGCGCGGGAAUCAGUCAGGUCACCUACAACCUGCUAUGGACCAAGCAAGGAGGGAAUCUGCCUGACCAGGCUAUGGAUGAGAACGGUGUCCUUACUAUCCCUAACGCCAAGCUUGAAGACUCGGGAACGUACGUCUGUACGGGAUCCAACCCGUUCAGCAUUGACACUGAUAUCGCUACACUAACGGUUGGAGUUACUGUGGAGUCGCCAACUGUACGCAUCGAACCUCGCUACCAGGCAGUCAACUAUGGCGAACGCGUUGAAUUCCGCUGUAUCGCCAUGGGCCGCCCAGAGCCCACACUGGAGUGGGCGCGUACAAGCGGGCAGCUGAACUCCGAGGCUACAUUUAUCAACGGUGUCUUCAUCAUUCCGUUCGCACGGAAGACGGACGAAGCUGAGUAUGCCUGUAAAGCAUCGAACACGGCUGGAGAAGCUUCAACGAAGACGAUCCUUUAUGUGAAGGGAGACGCAGGACCAAAUUUUGCCCUCUUGCGACGCUCUGAGUUGACAGUUCCUGUCGGCGCCGAGGCCCGGUUCAUCUGUUCCGUCCGAGGCACCCAGCGUGCCACCAUCACCUGGAGCAAGCAGGGCGCACAGCAGCUUCCACAGGGGUCAAGGGUCGAGAGGGGUGAACUGAUUAUACCGAAUGUGAGGAAAGUGGAUGCUGGGAAUUAUGAGUGUCAUGUGAGGGUUACAACCGGCGAGACGGGUACUGUCAUCGCGACACUGUAUGUAGUUGGAGGACAGCAAGAAUCGCACCCCGCGGCCAGCAUUGAUCCCGCCCAGCUCAUCCUCGCCCAGGGUACGUCGGGCACCUUACGAUGUGUCGUCACGGGACAGCCCCAGCCAAGGAUCACGUGGCAGUGGAGUGGGGGAGACCUCACUAGUAACCAUCAGGUCAACAAUGAUGUCCUCCGAAUCGUUCGAGCAUCUCUGAGUGAUCGAGGAAUCUACAAGUGUAUCGCGCGGAACUUUAUCGGAGAGAAUCAAGCAAGCGCCAGGGUUGAAGUCGAAAGGCGUGAACCCCCUCAAGUCGAGAUCUUCCCCAAGACCCAGCAGACGAUGACUGCUGGUAGCAGUGCUCUGUUCCAGUGCCGAGUCACUGCAGGCUACCCGAAACCAACAUUAUCAUGGCGAAGAGCGGAGGGCCAAAGACUGACGGCCAACACCCAGAUCCUUGAAAAUGGCGUGAUCAGAUUUGACCGAAUCAACGGACCGGAGCAGGGAUCCUACAUCUGUACGGCAACCAACACCGCUGGAACCACGACUGCAACAGCUACUCUCAGAGUCCAAGCCAUUCCGCGCAUCACUGUCCAGCCGACCAGCCCGAUCCGAGUCCGUGUUGGUCAACCUGUGGUGUUUGAGUGCCGAGCUGAAGGUGAACCAAACCCCAAUGUCUACUGGCAGAGGGUUCAGCCGCGGGGAACCGCAGCCUCUCCGAGUUCAGACCCCCGGGCUGUAUCCAGGCCUGGAUUAGCCCGAUACACGAUCAAUGCUGCUGCAGUGACAGAUGCUGGUCUUUACAUCUGCAUCGCCUCAAAUGAUGCUGGAAGAGUUGAAGAAAGAAUGGAAAUAAUAGUGGUUGGUGAGCCGACCGUCCCUCCACUGCCCAAUGGAGGCAUCAGCAUCGAUGGUGCCAGACUAAAGAGGAUUAAGAUUGGUGAAAACGUUGAGUUUACCUGCCGUGCCCAAGAUGCCGCCCUUGAGCUUCACUGGAGCCGAGAUCGCGGUAUUCUACCCGUCAGUCAUCGCGUACGCUCUGGUGUCCUCUAUCUUUACAACGCACAACCGGAAUACUCCGGGCGUUAUAUCUGUUCCGCAUCUGCCACUCAUGACGGAGAAUCGUAUAGAGAAUAUGUGGAUCUCGUUGUUGUCGGUGUUGUCCUUCCAAAGAUCAGUAUCGGUGAUGGCAUCAAAGAGGUUAAGGAUGGUGAUCCAGCACAACUCAUCUGUGAUGUCACAACCGAAGGAAGCGUCGAGAUUAAAUGGGAACGGGUCGAGGGAACGAUCGCCGCAUACGCUGUUGAUGACGGAUACGGUUACCUCAGAUUCCCGUAUGUUACCCAGAGCGAUGCUGGACGGUAUCGCUGCGUUGCAAGAAAUGACGCUGGGAGUGUUAACGCUAUUUUGGAAUUGUUCAUCAUUAAUAACGUAACUGGUGGUGUGUUGACAGGAGAUGGGGAUGCGGAUUAUGAUGACGGUUGUAAAAAGACGGAAUUCCAAUGCGGUGAUGGAAAAUGUAUUGACGGCAGGAGGAAAUGUGACAGACGGACAGACUGCACGGACGGAAGUGACGAACUGGACUGCCCCUGCAAUCCGCUGCUAGAGUUCCGCUGUGGAGACGGUCAGUGUAUUGACAAUCGAAGAAAGUGUGAUGCACGGACGGAUUGUCGUGAUGGAAGUGACGAACGGAAUUGUCAAUGCAAGACGACAGAGUUCCGUUGUGGCGAUGGGGCGUGUAUUGACGCCAGGAGGAAGUGCGACCAGCGCCAAGACUGUCGGGACGGAAGUGAUGAAAAUGAUUGUCAAUGCAAGGCCACGGAGUUCCGUUGCAGUGACGGUCAGUGUAUUGACGCAAGAAGGAAAUGUGAUGCGCGAUCAGAUUGCCGAGAUGGAAGUGAUGAGCAGAAUUGCGCAUGCAAGACGACCGAGUUCCGUUGUGGAGAUGGCAUGUGUAUUGACGCCAGGAGGAAGUGCGAUCAACGGGCCGAUUGUCGUGACGGAAGUGAUGAACGCAAUUGUCAAUGCCAGUCGACAGAAUUCCGAUGCGGAAAUGGUCAGUGUAUUGAGGCAGGUCGUAAAUGCAAUGGACACGCGGAUUGUCGAGAUGCUACUGAUGAACAGAACUGUAGGUCGUCAGAAACUCUUCCACGCCUGACAAUCACAGCUCCCCAGAAGCAACCAGUAGAGGGAGAUACAAUUACAUUCGAGUGCCUUGCUACCGGAACGCCAACACCUACAGUCUACUGGAAGAGGGCUGGCGAAUCCGUCACUACUCCAGGACAGAGUGGAAUUGCCCGCCUUACGAUCCAACGUAUUUCUGCAGCAGAUACCGGGGAGUACAUCUGCCUGGCAUCGAACUACCUAGGCCAGGCGGAGGGGCGCGUCGUCAUAACUGUAGAGAGUCGCGUUGGAGGCCGUGGUGUCCUCCCGACCGUUUCACCGCAGAUCUUGCAGAUUGAUGGUGAGGAUGUGAGACGGGUGCGUGUUGGAGAUGACACCGUUUUCAUUUGUAGGACUAGAGAUCCCGCUGCGAUCAUCAACUGGACUAAACAGCGAGAUGACCUACCGGCCAAUCAUCGUCAACAACUGGGCUCCCUCUAUUUAUACAAACUCACACCAGAACAAGGAGGAAUCUAUGUAUGCACGGCUAGCAUUGGAGGUGACAGUUAUCGUGAACACGUCACUUUGAUGAUUCUUGGUCCGGACGGUGGUGGCCCUGGGGGACCGAACACCGAACCCAGACUCACGAUCAUUGCCCCCCAGGAACGGCCAGUGGAAGGGGAGUCACUUUCGUUUGAAUGCAGAGCUACUGGCACACCCACACCGACUGUCUACUGGAGGAAGGCUGGUAGCAGGUCAACGACUCCUGGGCAGCUCGGCACUGCCACCUACACCAUUCCAAGAGUCUCGGCCGCCGAUUCUGGCGAGUACAUCUGUAUCGCUUCGAACGCGGUCGGCCAGGCUGAGGGUCGCGUCAUCAUCGCGGUGAGGAGUCGCGGAGGACCCGUCCUCCCGACAGUGAAGCCGCAGGUUAUACAGAUUGAUGGAGAAGAUUUGAGACGUGCCGCCAUUGGCGAUGACGUCACAUUUAUUUGUCGUCAUAGAGAUACCAAUGCUGUUAUCACCUGGAGUCGCGAGAGAGGUAUUCUGCCCAUCGGUCAUCGCCAGCAAGGUGGCUCCCUCUACCUGUAUAAUGUCCGACCAGAAUAUUCCGGUAUCUACGUGUGUAAUGCCAACAUUGGUGGGGAGAUCUUCCGUGAUCAGGUCGAGUUAUUUGUUCCCGGUGGAGAUGCAGGUGGUCUUCCAAAAAGUCGGCCACAGUUGUCCAUUACUGCACCGCAGCAACAGCCAGUGGCUGGUGAGACCAUCGCAUUCGAGUGUCGGGCCACUGGUAAUCCUACACCCACAGUCUACUGGAAGAGAGCUGGCUUCAGCAGAACUACACCUGGAGAACGUGGAGUUGCCCGCCUAAUACUUGAGCGAAUCUCUGCCGCGGACGCUGGUGAAUACAUUUGUCUUGCCACGAACAGCCUUGGUCAGGCGGAGGGACGUGUGGUCGUGACUGUCGAAGGGCGCGGAGGUGAAGUUCGUCCCACGGUCAAGCAGCAGGUCUUACAAAUAGAGGGCGGUGAUUUACGGCAGGCUGGCAUCGGAGAUGAUAUCACCUUUAUUUGCAGAAGUAGAGAUCCAAACUCAAAUAUCCACUGGAGUCGAGAACGCGGUGCUAUACCCGUCAACCAUCGUCAAAGUUCUGGCUCCCUCUAUCUUUACAACGUCCAACCAGAUCAUUCCGGUGUUUAUGUGUGCUCAUCGACCGCAGGCCAUGACGGAACGAGUUAUCGAGACCAAGUUGAGUUGAGAAUCGUCGGUGCUGUCCUCCCUAGAAUUAACAUCGGCGAACCUCUCCGUGAAGUCAGACUCGGUGAUGCUGUCACCUUGAUCUGUGACGUGCAGACAGCUGGCGUCGUUGACAUCUCCUGGGACCGACCUGAAGCAGGCCUAUCGCCGUAUGUCGUCGAUGAUGGUCGCGGUUAUUUGGAUUUCCCACGCACGACGAUAAAUGACGCUGGGAAGUAUCGUUGUACUGCUAGGAGCUCUACUGGGACGACUGAGGGCUUUGUAGACCUUGUUAUACUGGCUGUUCCAUCUGCCAGCAUCGGUCAAGAGAGUGUUACCGUUGCCCUCGGGCGCACCGCCAAGCUUCGGUGUCUGGUGACGGGAAGUCCACAACCACGUAUCACAUGGGCGAAAGAUGGCGGCAAACUGCCGGCGCAGAUCACCGUCGAGAAAGGAGUACUGACUAUUUACAACUUCAAGGAGAGUGAUGCUGGUAACUACCUGUGUACAGCAGCCAAUGCAGCUGGGAGCGCCAGGGCCUAUGUGACAAUUAAUAUCGACCCAACCACAACAGAACGCAUCCAGAAAGAUCGAGCGAGCCCUGGGGGUGAGGUUGGUACUGGUGGCCGAGGUGUCGACAACGGUGACUUCAGCAACAUCCAAGAAAUCGCCUCGCGCACUCAGACCGUUAGUGUAGGUGACCGCGUGGAGUUCACAUGCGAGGUCAUCGGGAAUCCACCACCUACAAUCCGUUGGGUCCGUGAUUUAAGAGCAGUACCGACGUCAGCAAUCAUCACAGGAAGUCAGAUGGUCAUUCCACGCGUUGCACUAGAGGAUGCUGGGAAAUACCGCUGCAUAGCGUCAAAUCGCGGUGGAACCCGCCAGGCCAGCAUUGAGCUCUUCGUCCGAAGUUCUACGGUUCAUCCUGGUAACACCAAUUGGCCCCUGAAUGCCCAGUCCCUGGUAAAGACAGCUUCCAUUGGUACUGAUGUGGUCUUGACGUGCGAGGCCCCAAACAUCCGCAACCCUACACUUAGGUGGAGUCGGAGAGACAAAGAGCUACCAAGGAACCGUCUGAUAGAAGAAGGCGCCCUCACCAUCCGAGAUGUCAAGGCCGAGGACUCUGGGAAAUAUGUGUGUCGGGUUUCGGCACCAGGAAUACAGGGUGUAGAGCAGCUAAUCGAGUUGGUGGUUGGAGCCCUUGUCCCCUAUUUCAUCCAGAACCCCUCGUCCUACAUCGCCUACCGAACCCUCCUGGACGCAUAUCUCGAAUUCGAGAUCGAAAUCUUCUUCAAGCCGGAAUCAAACAAUGGAAUUAUUCUCUAUAACGGACAGAAGACGGACGGCGGUGGUGACUUCUUAUCAUUUGGGCUGAACGAGGGAUACGCCGAGUUCCGGUACGACUGUGGAUCUGGUCCUGCCCUGAUCCGGUCCGAGGCUCCCCUUACCCUCGGACAGUGGCAUAGCGUGUCUCUAAAGAGGAACAGGAGAACAGGCACCAUGGUGAUUGAUGGUAAAGAGUACACUGGGACGUCCCAAGGUCGUUUCCAAGGCCUUGACCUCUCCCAGCUCCUGUACAUCGGUGGGGUUCCAGAUUAUAACAUCAUCAACAGGAGGGCAGGAUUCACAUCCGGUUUCAUUGGUGCAAUCAGCAGAAUAGACGUCCGUGGAAUUGCCCUCGAUCUUGGCCAGGCUGCUCUUGCCAUCGUUGGCGUCGCUGACUACCCUGUCUGCCGAGAACGCCCAUGCCAAAAUGGCGCCACUUGUGUUCCGGCGAACGCCGACCAAGGCUAUAAAUGCCACUGCAGGAAGGGGUACACUGGGUACAACUGUGAGUUGGUCGGUAUGGGCUGCUUCCCUGGAGCGUGUGGUUCCCGCGGUCGAUGUUACAACUUGCCCAAUGGCCAGGGAUUCCAGUGCGCUUGCCCGAUCGGUAAAACUGGAGAGAGAUGCCAGAUAGGAAUCAAAGUCGAAGAUCCUGCCUUCAACAGGACGUCGUAUAUCUCCUACGACCCGCUACAGAACGCUGCCAUGGGCGUGGAAAUCGAGAUCUUGUUCAAACCAAAAUCGCUCGAGGACGGCAUCCUUCUCUACAAUGCUCAACAGCAGGACGGCCGCGGAGAUUUCAUGGCGUUAUUGAUCAAGAAUCGUAGACUGGAGUUCAGAUUCGACAGCGGCUCUGGCGUGGCAGUGAUUAGAAGCAAUGAACUCCUGAUCCAGGACAAGUGGACAUUAGUUCACCUUGAGAGAAACCAACGCGAUGGGUCGCUUUCUAUCAACGGGGGAGUUGCAACCAAAGCGGUCUCCCUUUCCGAGAGUUAUACUUGCUUGUUAAAUCAGUUCUCGCGUAAUUUCACAUGCUCUUCUCCCGGCAAUACUCUCGGUCUCAACAUGAAGCGGCAGCUGUAUCUUGGAGGCGUGGACCAGGGCGAGGUCAUCAGUGCUGGCGUCGGUGUCGAUGUCGGCUUCGUUGGCUGCGUCACGAGGAUCACUAUCAAUAAAAAGUCUUUGGUGUUGAUCGCAUCGGCCAUCGGAAGCGCCAACAUCCUCGACUGUGGCGAUAACCUACCAUGCAGUCGGCGGCCAUGUUCCAAUGGCGGUGCUUGUCAAGCGGAUGAUGAAAUUGGUUACACCUGUCAGUGUCCGGCGACCCAUACAGGUCGACAUUGUGAGAUCGAGAUUAACGUCUGCAUCACACACAGUCCCUGCAAGAAUGGCGGAGAAUGCCAGGCCCUUGGUGCGACCGGUUACAAGUGUCGCUGUCGGCUCGGAUUCAUGGGACGUAACUGCCAAGAAGCUGUCGUAGUCCAUCGUGCGGUGUAUCUUCAGGGCGACGGCUUUAUGGAAUUCCCGACCACCUUCCUGCCGCACCGCAGCAGCCAGCUAAAGGAAGUCAUCGAACUGUCCUUCGCAACGAACAAAACAGAAGGUCUCAUCUUCUGGCAUGGACAGGAUCCUCUAACCUCGGGUCAAGGUAGCGACUACCUUGCUAUUGCCCUGAGGGACGGCCACGUCGAGUUUAGCUACGAGCUCGGCAGCGGUAUUGCUAGUAUUGUGACGAGGUUGAAGUUUAGCGAUGGGAGGUUUCAUAAGGUCAAAGCUGAGAGGACUGGGAAGCAUGGGAAGCUUAGCGUGGAUACGGAGGUUGAUGAAUCUGGUGAUUCGGCGGGAAUUCUCCAGAUGUUGAACACGAAGGGCAACAUCUACAUGGGUGGCGUACCAGAUUUCAAGUUCAUGACUGCAGGUCGCUAUAGAAACGGUUUCCAUGGCUGCAUAAAGGACAUCAAAUUCAUGGAGGGGAGUGUACUAAACGUGCAAAGAACAGCUGUCACUGGAUAUAAUAUCCAGCCAUGUCACUAAAUUUUGGCCAAGGUGUUGAGAGACCAUCGCAAAUUUUAAAACUUUCCAAAGUCACCGAAAACUUUCUCAAAGUUCGUGGUGAAAAAGUUGCCCUGGUGUAGAUGGAUAUGACUGACCAAAUGAAACUGUCUGCCAGAAUUGACAGUAAGUUGUGCCAGUAUAAAGUGCCUUGUAUUAUGCUACAAAUGUCAAUAUAGACCAAUGCUUUACAGCUACCUUGAUGUUUCCCUAAUGGUUGGGUUUACAUAGAGUUCACUUUUCCACUUGUGACUUGUCAAUUUUUAUCUGUCAUUCGUGACAAGAAAAACAAACGCGUCAUUUCAAAAAGCAGGCUAUUUAGAUUCUCGUUGUCACUGUUCACCCUUGUGACAUGUUUAUUUAGAUUCUUGUUGUCACUGGUCAACCUUGUGACAUGUUUAUUUAGAUUCUUGUUGUCACUGGUCAACCUUGUGACAUGUUUAUUUAGAUUCUUGUUGUCACUGUUCACCCUUGUGACAUGUUUAUUUAGAUUCUUGUUGUCACUGUUCACCCUUGUGACAUGUUUAUUUAGAUUCUUGUUGUCACUGGUCAACCUUGUGACAUGUUUACAAGGCAAAGUGAAUAAACAAACGUGUUCAUGACAAGUGACAUUUUAUAUGUGAGCUGUGACAAGUGACAUUUUAUAUGUGAGCUGUGACAAGUGACAUUGUGAAUCAUAUGUAAACCCGCCGUCAUGUUUCACAAAAGCAGAUAAUCUAAAGUAGGAAUCUGCUGGGAAUUGUGUGUGGUAUCCUGCAGCAUUUGAAGAGCUUGGAGCACACAUGACGUAAGUACAAUUUUUUUUUAAAUUGCCGACAAGAGCAGUACAGAGUGUUGCCAUCAAUCAUAAGAACUGUACUUGUAUUGUAUUUGAAGGGCUGAUGACACAAAUACACUAUUAAUGCAUGCGUCCUAUGAUAGAUGGCAGCACUGUCCACCUGCUCUUGUCGCCAAAUCAGUUUCUUCAAAAUUGCACUUAUGUCCUGUGCACUAUGAGCCCUUUAUUCAUAACGACAACAAAUGAGGGAGGGGGGGGGGCCUACGGGAUGCCUUAUUCCACAAUGGCCUUUUCCCGCUGUUGGGAAUCAAGACCAACCUCGCCGACAGGUAAUUUGAAUUCCCAAAACUGAACAUGUGUUCAAGUAGUUUGUGCACUACGGCAGUGGAGAAAUGUCCCAGUGGAACCAGGCCUUGUCACUUCCAGUGUUAUCCAAGGAGUAGUUUUCAGGGAAGAAGCAAGUCUAUAUGGACUAUAAGUGCAGAUAUCUAUAUUGGUGGGAUCUUUCGGGGGGGGGGGGAGGGGGGUACUUACCCAAUUAUUGAGUAGCAUACAUAUCUACGCAUUCACAAACUAUGCAAUGGAUGUAAUUUGUCUUGAUCUGUUUUAUACAUAAUCAUAUAUUAACGCGGCUUUUAUAGUUUUUACAAUAAUUUACAUAAAAAUUUACUCAUAAAGUUAAAAAAAUAUCAAUAUUGAUUGAAUCAGUAAUAUGCAAAUAUACAGUUAUACAAUUUUAUACAAAUCUGUGGAGACUACUGUACAAGAAUCUUUUAUCCUCACAAACGCUACAUGUACUCUGAUCACAUAAUUUGUUCAAAGUUCUCAAACAAAUUUUAAGAAAUAAAUUUGAGUCGUUAGAUUUGAGAGAUUUUUUACCAAGCAACAAAUCCUUGUUGAAAAGCCUAUGGCAACAUCGUUGAUGUGACCUACUUUUAUGAUUUUAGUAGGUCGGUGUCACAAAAUUGAGGAAUAUCUAAAGAAAACUUAACCAAUUUCGAUACGGUUUAUACUCUGACCUUUUCAUUAUUGACGUUGAUUGUCAUGUGUUCAUGUUCAAAGGUACAUGUGUCCCAAAUUUCUUUUUGAAAUACUCAAAAAUGUGCAUUUAUCACCUCAAAACGUUUUAGCCAUACGAAUGUGACCAUCAAAAUGGACCGAGAUUUGACUCAAUCAUUUGUAAUACUUAAAUGAAGUAUUUCGAUUACAGGAAUCCUCUCAUGAGAGGUUAAUAAAAAUAUGGGAAUUUUUAAAUGUCUGAUCCAGUAAAUGCUUCUCCACCCUGCCCUAGGUAUUUACAUGUAUGUAAAUAAACCAUUAGAAUGCACGUGUAACUAGAAAUUAUGAUACUUUGAAAAAGUUCAUCUAUAUAUUUUGUCCAGCACGCUAUAAUAGAUAGAAAUACCCAUCAAUAAAUACGUAGAUUAUCUAAACAAGUUUGUGUUUUUCACUUCCUCAAACACCAACUUAGAGGUUUUUGUCGAUUCCUGCUUUCUGACAAAAACAAAAUUUUCGCCUUUUAAUAUCCAUUGUAUACAUUUAUGUACAUCAAUGUAGUGCAGUGAAUUUGAACCUUUUCGGCUCCUUACGGUUCAUUUCUAGACCAAUCCGCAUGAAAUGUCCGAGCAGGACAACCAGCAAGAAGAUGCAGCCUCUGGAACCCAAGUCUGUGUAGAAAACAUGUUUCUCAACAUUUAUUUUGACAUGUCGCUUGUUGUUUCAUGACCCCUGGCCGGCAAUAUGCCUCUCCCCCCCCCCCCC